AUGUCUUUCUUCACAACUCUUAAAAAUAAGGCCUCCCAGAUCUCCUUGUUUGAUUUCCAGUCCAAUCGCACAGCCACAGCAGGUGAUGCAGCCGCAAAUAACAUCUCACCUUCCGUCACAACCAUCUACAAUCGCCGCUUCUCUCCAGACGAACUCUUCCGCCAUGAUUACCGCCUUCCACCUUCGGAAUCUCUCAUGGACCAGGUCUUAGCCGAAGUCACUGUCGUACCCUCGGAAAAAUCGGGCAAAUACACCUCGGGACACAUUGCAAACCCAACAGAAGAAUUCAUUGUUUUCCCAGGAAGACUCUUUCUCUCAGAAUCUUUCCUCAUCUUCACCUCCCACACAGACCCAAGAAACUGCAGCUUUACUCUUUCCCUCCUCACCAUCCGUAAAGUCGAACGCUUACCUUCCCAGUCUCACAUCUUUGCUCUCUCACUCCAUCUUUACCAUGGUGUUACAGUUAUCCUUAACUUUAUUGGUCUUCGCUCAGAUUGCGAGCGCUUUUGCAACCUUCUCAAAGACAACCUAAAAUCAAACCUCCCGCUAAUCAAAACAUCAAAGACCUUUUUAAAUACCUUCUACUCAGAAUACCUCGUCCAUAGAGUCGCAGCAGUCCAUGACAAGGCUCAAAAGGCUAUCCCAGAACCUCCCACCGGUCUCGGGAAACUCUUUGGCUACCCAGGCGACCCUAAAAAACUCCGCGACAAGUCAAAACUCCGUCUUUGGUACGAGUACAUUAAGGACAAUGGCCGUAACAUUUCAAUUGUUCGUCAACAAGGCUUUUUCAAGCUUAUCCGGGUCGGUCUCCCUAACAAGCUCCGCGGAGAGAUUUGGGAAAUCACCUGCGGCUCGGUCUACCUUCGCAUGCAGAACCAACGUCUUUACAAGUCUCUUCUUGAAGAGUUCAAAGGUCGUAACUCUGUUGCUAUUGAGGAAAUUGAAAAAGAUCUCAACAGAUCUCUCCCAGAAUACCCAGCAUACCAGGACGAGGAAGGUAUCGGCCGCCUCCGACGCGUCUUGACUGUCUACUCGUGGAAAAACCCCGAAGUUGGCUACUGCCAAGCAAUGAAUAUUGUUGGGGCUGCUCUUCUCAUCUACAUGUCUGAAGAACAAGCCUUUUGGUGCUUGUCCCAAGUCUGCGAUACAAUGCUUCCAGGAUAUUACUCAAAAACCAUGUACGGCACCCUACUCGACCAAAAAGUCUUUGAGGAACUCGUCAAGAAAACAAUGCCCAUACUUGCAGAACACAUUACCAAAAAUGAUAUCCAACUUUCCAUUGUUUCUCUUCCUUGGUUCCUUUCCCUCUUUAUCAACUCCAUGCCCCUGGUGUUUGCAUUUCGCAUCAUGGACGUUUUCUUCAUGGAGGGCCCCAAAACUCUCUUCCAAGUCGCCCUUGCCAUUCUCCGCAUCAAUGGCGAAGAGCUUCUUGACGCUACCGACGAUGGCAUUUUCAUUUCCGUUUUGAAAAACUACUUCUCCACUCUUGGCGACUCAGCUCACCCGAACUCUACAAACCCCAAAGUUCAGCAAGUCACUCGCUUCCAAGAACUUAUGGUUAUCGCCUUUCGCGAGUUUUCCGGCAUUUCAGAAGCAAUGAUUAAUGAUUUCCGCCGGAAGUUCGAGGGCAAGAUUCUCGACGACAUUGAAGUCUUUGCCAAACGCACUCAGAUCCGCAAUCUCUCCAAGCCUCGCUACAUCUCUAUGGACCAGCUUGGUGUCAUUUACGAUCGCUUUUACGCCGCCAUCCAGGACACUAGACUUGGAAUUGGUGCAACCCGUACAGACAUGGCCCUCGACGCCUUUGUCAUCUUCAUGGCCGGUAUUGUUGACUGGAUGGAUCCGGCUUAUUCUGCAGAUUUCCAUGCAAAAAUGACCAUUACAGAGAAAAUCUCCCUCUUGCGCAACCAGAAUCACCAUGACUUUAUCUAUCGUCUCUUUAAUCGCUGGGAUACUCAAAUGCUCGGCGUCUUGACCCUCCAGGACGUGUGCUCUGGUCUUGACAGUCUUGUUGAUCCUGACCUUAUGUCAUCCAUGGCCUACUUUUUCGAUCUCUACGAUUCGGAUGGCAACGGCACCGUUGACCGCGAAGGCAUUUUGAAAAUGUCGGAAGGCUUGCUAUUUCUUACACGGCCGUUCCGCGAAACUGCUUCACCCAUCUUGGACCAGUCGUCACUCAAACUGGUGGAAGCAAACAAGUUGGCCAUCGCCAAGGCUAAAGAGCACAAUGAGUGGGUGAAGCGCGAGCGUGACAAGCGCAACAAGCGGCGCAGUCGCAGUGAUAGUAGGGCCACCCAGCAUGAAGCUAUCUCAACGGAUGAACAGCUGAUUGAUCUUGAUAAGGAUAACGAAAGCAUCCGAUCCGCUGCCACCGUAGCUACAACAAGUACACAGCAACCAUCAGAUGAGCCAUUAGAACCCGUCGAUAUUCCCUCGCCAAUUGACUUGACUACUCUUCGCCAUGAACAGAGCGUGCGCUACUUGUCAUCAGUCUCAAGCUUUAUUAAUCGUGCGUUUGAAUAUGCUACCCCAGACGCCAAUGGCAAGUUAUCUUCUCCAACACAAAGCGUCACAAGUCCCACCAAGGAAGAAAGUGAACCUUCUUCUGCUACACAAUCAGUCAACAAUGUUGCUCUGAACCCAGAUGCACCUUUGUACAUUUCUCUGGCUGCAUUCCGCAUGGUUGUUCUUGCAGACGAGACUCUCGAGACUCUCUUUUCGUACCAGCUCCAAUCCUCUGUCCGACUUACACCUGAGGGCACCGGACUUUACGGUAAGAACCACGGUGCCGGGAGCAACGGCAAUACCAGUGGACUGGCGAGCAUGGCUGUUGGUGGGAUUGGCCAUGGUGCAGCCAACAUGCGCGUUGCAGCGGCCACAAUUGCGGGCCAGAGUAUUGACGGCGGACGUGCGGCUGCAGCUACAUUACGGUCUGUAUUUGAUGGCAUUGUGACGGAUGUGCGGCGGCGCGUGGAUGAUGGCGUGGCCAGCAUCCGUGCACGCGACGAAGAUGACCGCGAAGAAGACGAAGUUGCUGCUGCCGUGGGGAGCGUCAACAAGGGUGACCGUGAGGUUCUUGAAGAGGCGGAUGAGCUUGCUCCUAGAGUGAUUGAAAAAAUCGGCGAUGAAGACAAGAAGGAUGGUGAUGCCGAAAAGGAAAAGAAAUCUGAAGAGUCUCUUCUGUAA